GCCAUGGGUGACAUCCCUGGGCACCUUCUCACAUGUCCUUCUCCUUCUCUCUCCUUCAGGGAACAAGAGGGUGUCAGCGACAGUAGGUGACAGCUCUGUGCUCACCUGCCCUCUCAAACCCAAUGUGACCAUGGUAACAUGGAAAAUAAGCCCCAGGGUUGGAGGCCCCUGCACCUUGGGAUACAGGGCUGAUCAGAACAAGACAGACAGAACAAACUGCAGUGACAGCAUGAACUGGAAAUUCAGGCCGUAUCCGGAUCCUGCCCUGGAGAUACGGCAAGUGGGAAUAGCCCAUGAGGGAAAUUACACCUGUGAAGUAGUAGCAACAGAAGGGAAUUUCCACGAGACGUACCACCUGACCGUGCUGGGUAAGGGACUCCUUCCUCAUUUUACAGUUCCCCGAAGGACCAC